GUUGGUUAUCGUUUUUGCCGCUACACAGCUUUGCCUAGGUAGGGAUGCGGAGCGCAGGUUGAACGCCAUAUUUUUGCCAGAUUAUUUUGGUAUCAUGAAACGAUAAGGACUUGUACGAGCUGUACCUGCUUCGCCCCAAGUCUGACGCGAUGCUCAGCAACACUACCAACAAGCUGAAUGUACUGGUCAACAAGCUGCACGAAUACUUGGCUCACUCCACAGUUGAAGACAGCAAUGGCACGCCAGCCUCAGAGGAUGUUGAUGGUCUGACAAACCGGAGCUGCCCUGUGGGAAACUCAAUAGGUCAAACUGCAGCAGAGGCAGGAGUGGAUACCAAGUACUCAAGGAGAAAACCCUCUGUUGUCACAAAGCACUCUGGUCUGGAUGAAUCUGGGGACUCAAAUGCAAGUGAGGACGUGGAUUUACCCGUCAACGCAAAUGGUCACCCUGAUAUCACUAGACUGCCCAAAGGCACUGUAUUGGUCAGGCCCGAACCUGUUGAUAAUGCAAGAGAUGACUUCAGGGGUCCUGAGUUCCGCAGUCGGAAAUCGAGCACACUGCGGAAGGAGUUCUCGAGAAGACGUCGAGCAGUUGAACACAUAGGAAUUGUCAGCUGCACCGCGUGUGGCCGACAAGUAAACCACUUCCAGAGAGAUUCCUUCUACCGGCAUCCAGUUCUGAAAGUACUUAUUUGCAAGUCUUGCUACAAGUACUACUUAAGUGACGACAUCAGUAAGGAUGGAGAUGGAAUGGAUGAGCAGUGCAGAUGGUGUGCAGAAGGAGGCAACUUGAUCUGUUGUGACUUCUGUAGUAAUGCCUUCUGCAAGAAGUGUAUUCUGAGAAAUUUGGGAAGGAAGGAGCUGUCUGGUAUCUUGGAGAGCAAAUGGUACUGCUACGUGUGUAACCCGGAGCCCCUUUUGGACCUGGUGAUGGCCUGUGACGGUGUCCUCGAGAACAUGGAGCGUCUGUGGCGUCAGCAGCGCAAAAGGAACCGAGCGGAGCCAGAGAAAUCCGGACUUUAUGGCAUGUUGCCACACUUGCCACAGAACAUUCCUUUGGAUAAGUGGGAUCACACUGGAAUGGAUGGUAAUGUGGUGUUCAACUAUAACAAACUGCAGAUUUCCAAGGACUUGACCAAAAAGGCCAAACAUUUAGUGGACUCAACAAACAGCUUAAACCGAACAUUUAUCAAUUUCAUUCAUGCUGUGACAACAAACAAACAAACUCCCAGUGUUCGCCAUCUGUAUCUAAAGUCUUUUUUGUCAGUAAUUAAAGGCUUGCGAAAAUCACUUACCGUACUUGAGGACAGCCUCAAGGAAGAAUUCAGUGACUUGGAUGUAUUUAACUGUUGGGAAAAGUUCCUCAGUGAUGACGUUGAUGCGCAACCUGUAGCAGACACAGAGCUGGAUAUCUCUGAUGAAAGAAGCUUGACUGACUUGCAGAAACUGGCAGCUGAACAUAUGGAAGAUGAUGAUUCUGACUCCAAGGGCUUCAUAGAUGGGAGAAGUGCACUUGACUGCCCUGGGGAGGACAUGGAUUCAGACUCACAUGAAGCCAGAGAGAGGACACAAAAGAUUUGCCCGAAGCCCCCUUACGCAGGGGUCAACAUGACUAAAAAACUAAUAGUGAAACUUACACCUGUACCUAUGGAGCGGGAGUUUUCCUCUCAUGCCCCAAAGAUGGAGGAGGACAUUCACACGAAGAAUAAAAAGCCAAAGGAAAAAGAUGCAUCGGAAGUAAAGGAGACAGGUGGUGUGUGUGCGAAAAAUGAAAGCAAGAUGAGCAAUGACAACUCUGGUGCAUCUGUACACCUGGAAGAGGAACAAGGCAAUAGACGGUCUCCUCGCGUGAAGACGACACCUUUGCGUCGUCCAAGUGACGUCAAGGCCAAAGCGUCUCUUUCAGCAGCCGACAGUGACAGUGACUCUGACCCUGAGGAAGCCCCCAGCACAGUACCUGCCAAAAACACUGAAGAACAAAGUCUAAGCAGAGCAAGAGACGACUCCGACUCAGAUGAAGUCCCUCCAGCUCUGCUUGAACGAGCAGCUAUGACACAAAGCUCCGAUGAACCCCAGAGUGACGAGGAUGGUGGAAAAGCGUCAACUAAGGUCACCAAGAAAUGCCUCUUCUGGCUCACAAAGAACACCCCGAUCUCACCGGAGAAGAUGCGCCGCAAACGCAAGAUGCUGGACUGCUCUCCCGAGUCUGACUCAAGUGACAGAAUAGUCAAAGCUCGAAGGGAAAGUGGGACAGAUUCCUCUAGUGAUGAUCAAGACUCACAGAAGAAAAUACAACAGUUGAAUACGCUGAGGUCAAUAGGGAAGCCUCACCUCAUCAAAAGAGAGAAGGAAAGUGUGGCAAGAAAACGGGGGAGGGUACGAGCAGGGAAGUCUAAGACUAAAUCUCGUCGGGACGCAAUCGAGUCGACAUCCUCAUCGAGUGAAGAUGAACACGAUGACGACUCCGGGAGUGACGCAAGUGAUCAGAAGAUGAAGCCGAUCACCGAAGAUGUGGCCUUACUCGGGGCAGCGGCGUUCCAUCAGUCGUCAGGAGAUGAGGAGCAGUCUGGGCCCUCGUGGGCAGCAGAAGAUGAUGAUGAUCCAGAAAAUAGAAUCGCUAAGAAAAUGCUGUUGGCCCAAAUCAAAGCCAACUACUCCUCGGGUGAUGAUAUCUCUUCAGAUGAGGAAACACAGGAGGAUGAAUCCGAGUCGGAGGGUGACAAGGAGGUCAAACAAGGCAACGAGGAUAACGGAACAGAUGAAAAUGGGGAGGACUUGGCUUCCGAAUCAUCUGACAACACAUCCAAUGGGCCCAACUCCAGGCACCAUCUGCUCCACCACAAGCUCACCUUAGAUGAGGGAACAUCAAGUGACAAGGGCACAGCAGAGGGUGAAGCAGGAAAGCAGCAGAGCAAGAAAGGAGCCAGCAGCAAACACCUGAGCUCUGAUAGUGAAAGUGGUGAUGAGUGUAUAGAGUUGGACCUAGAUGACCUGGGAUUGAGUGAGGAGCUGAGUCAGUCGGAGGAUGAAGAACAGUUCAAAAGCUCCAGAUUAUCCACUAAAACGAAGGAAGCGUCCUGUAGUUACGAAGAGAAGAAGCAAGUGCCCUGCAUUUUGUUGUCUGACUCCAACAGUGAAAAGAGUGAUCAAGAGAGUAGAGAUGAGGAGAUCGACAAUAAAGGCACGCCCAAAAGACGUAAAAGGAUCCGCAAAAUCAUUGAAGACAUGAAUCUCCGUGCUGAGACCCAGGAAGCACUGCGAGAGGAGGAGGAGAGAUGCAAACGGUUGGCUGAUCGGGAUCAUCAGAUGGAGGACUGGAGAGUGAUAAGUGUUAUAGGGGAUGAGCUGUCCCAAGUGCUGUGUCCCAUCACCACCAAGCUGAUCUUGGAUCAGAAUGAGGAGACAAAGGAGCCUCUCGUUCAGGUGCACGAGAACCUGGUGAGGAGACUGAAGCCUCACCAGGUGGACGGUGUCCAGUUUAUCUGGAACAGUUGUUGUGAGUCUGUGAAGAAGGCCAACUCUUCCCCAGGAUCAGGCUGUAUCUUGGCACACUGCAUGGGCCUGGGGAAGACUCUGCAGGUGGUAACGUUCCUCCACACGGUGCUGCUGUCAACAAACCUGAAAUUUAGAACAGCCCUGGUUGUGUGUCCACUUAAUACGAUCCUCAACUGGGCCAGCGAGUUCAAGAAAUGGCAAGACAGCAUGGGAGAGGACAAAGUCAAGGUUUCAAAGCAAUUAAAAAAGUGUUACAUUUUGUGCUUCAGAUGCUUUAUGUCUCACCCUUCGCAUGAUGUGCACAAACACACGCCUGUGAGCAGUUAUUGUUCAAACACAAUUAUGUUACAGGUUACAGAACUGGCUACAAUAAAGCAUCUUCGCGAACGAAUUAGAUCUCUGCAGAGGUGGCACACAGACGGGGGUGUUUUGAUAAUUGGGUAUGAGAUGUACCGCAUCCUGUCAGCGGCCAAGAAAAUCAAGAAUGAUGAGUGGAAGAAGGAGCUAAAGAACAUACUGGUGGAUCCAGGCCCAGACUUUGUGGUUUGUGACGAGGGGCACAUCCUGCGCAAUGAUGCAUCCAAUAUCUCCAAAGCUAUGAACGCCAUCAAGACCCGACGAAGAGUGGUGCUAACAGGCACGCCGCUGCAAAACAGCCUGGUUGAGUACCACUGCAUGGUCAGUUUCAUUAAGAAGAAUCUUCUGGGAUCACUGGGCGAAUUCAGAAACCGCUUCAUCAACCCCAUACAGAACGGCCAGUGCGCUGACUCCACGCCAAAAGACGUCCGAAUCAUGAAGAAGCGAGCACAUGUACUUCAUGCAGUGUUGGCUGGAUGUGUGCAGAGAAGAGAUUACUCUGAGCUGACUCAGUUUCUGCCUCCCAAACACGAGUACGUGUUGGCAGUGAGGGUUUCCCCGCUUCAGUAUGAGUUGUACCGCUACUACCUCGACCAUGUCACUGGUGUGGGUUCUGUGGCUAACAGAGCAAAGAUGAAGACCGGAGCAAACCUGUUCAAGGACUUUCAGGUGCUCAGCCAAAUUUGGACUCAUCCCUGGUGCCUCCAGCUCAACUACAUCAGCAAAGAAAACAAGGGAUAUUUUGAAAAGAAGACUCAAGCUAAAGCGGCAGCUCAGCUGAGAAAUGAGGAAGCCACUGUGUCUGAGAGUGGACUGAGACAGAAUGAAGGAACAGAAGGGAACAACCCCAACAACAGUACAGAGGGUAGUGAUGUGUCCAAAGGUGCUGCAGAUGUGGAAGGAGAGAAAGCGACCGUUAGCUCGAGGUCUCAGAGUCCAGAUGAAGGCUGGUACAAGAAUCUGUUGACUGAGGGGGAUGCCAAAAUCCUGGAGCACUCAGGGAAGAUGGUGAUCUUGUUCGAGAUCCUCAGAAUGGCAGAGGACCUGGACGAUAAAGUGCUUGUGUUCAGUCAGUCCUUGAUCUCAUUAGACUUAAUUGAGGAUUUCCUUGAGGCUUCUCACCAUGCCAGAGACCCAUCAUCAUUCAAAGCAGGUAGCUGGAUCAAGAAUGUUGAUUACUAUCGUCUCGACGGCUCCACCACUGCUAUGCUCAGGAAGAAAUGGGCAGAUGAGUUCAACAAUGCUACCAACUUGCGCGGACGAUUGUUUCUCAUCUCGACGAGAGCCGGCUCUCUGGGCAUCAACCUGGUGGCUGCCAACAGGGUCAUCAUCUUUGAUGCCUCAUGGAAUCCUUCAUAUGACAUACAGAGCAUUUACAGGGUGUACCGCUUCGGUCAGCUGAAACAGGUGUUUGUGUACCGCUUCUUGGCUCAGGGCACCAUGGAGGAGAAGAUCUAUGAUCGUCAGGUGACCAAGCAGUCUUUGUCCUAUCGAGUGGUGGAUCAGCAGCAGAUUGAGAGGCACUUCACCCUUCAUGAACUGACUGAACUUUACACAUUUGAGCCAGACCUGCUGAAUGACCCAAACUCGAAGAAAAGCAAGAGAACCACCUCUGUUUUGCCAAAGGAUAAGGUCCUGACGCAGCUAUUGCAAACCUGUAAAGACCAGAUAGUGUCUUACCAUGAGCAUGAAUCUCUGCUGGACCAUAAACAAGAGGAGGAGCUCAGUGAAGCAGAACGCAGAGCUGCCUGGGCUGAGUACGAGGCUGAGUCAAGCACAGCCAGCAUCUCAGUCAGCUCGAGCCAGGACAGUUUGGAUAUGAAGACCAAUGAACAGCUACUGGAAUUGCUUAACAAGUGCAGAGCAAAUGUAUCAGAGGCCUUCAUGUCCAUGCAGAGGAUCAGGUCUCACUCCAUUGAGGACUACAUAUCACAAGUGCGGCAACAGUAUCCUGACCUGCCUAAAGACCACAUUAAGGUCAAGGCUGAUAUUUGGAGACUGUGGGAUGAGAAGGAGAGGGAGCGUAGACAGGCCUUUUAUCGAGACGUCCUCGCACAGCAGCAAUCGCUCACAUUCAGCAUUCAGGCCAUACUGAACAGUCGAAGAAAUCAAGUGAUGCAGACUUCUGUGGCCUUGGUGGACCAGCCUGGACAGACUUGAACACAUAAAAUAAUUUUGUAGUGGGAAAAAGAAAGUGUGGUGCCUUUGUAUUUCAUGGACCUUAUUUCAUCACUGCUGUACCAGUGAACUGAAUGUAUGAUUUACCAAUAUGGUAAGAAAAGAGAGAACUGAUGUCCCAAAGCAUUGAAGCAACAUAACAAGCAUCAGGUGUCAUAGAACACAUAUCUCUAUUCCUUAGAGUUUCAAAUGUCUCAUUAUAGCAAUGUUCAGGCGCACUGACUGAGUUUUGAUUUGUAACACUCUAAGCACUUUAAUUUACGCAGCAUAUGUAGUUAAGUUGUACAAAUGGACCUAACAAGAGUUGGGAAAAGACCGGGUAGUUCUUCAGCUGCUUCAUACUGAAAAUAAUUUUGUGUGGCUCAGAACAUAAGUGGUGGUUUCAGCCUUAAUAUUUAAGCUUAAUAUGUUUUCCUUUUGAACCUUUUAUAUGUUUGUUAUCAGGUUUUAAUUCUGUAAUAAAUGAACAAAACUGA